GGAUGUAAAGGGUUUAAUACUUAAACCCCCAAAGAAACUUCAAUUCUUCCAAAAAAACUAAUGGCUUUUGCUUCCAUAAUUCGACGCUCUCUGAUUGGAUCAUCAUCUUCUCCACCUCUCUUUUACAGCACCCUCACUUCUCCUAAGCUUUUCGUCAGCGGCCUCUCAAGGCUAACAACAGACGAGAAGCUUAAAGAGGCAUUUUCUUCUUUUGGACAGCUUCAUGACGCGAAAGUUGUCACGGACAGGGCCUCUGGUAGAUCAAAGGGGUUUGCUUUUGUGACAUUUUCAACCGUAGAGGAAGCUGAGAAAGCUAGGGAAGGAAUGAAUGCCAAAUUUUUGGAUGGAUGGGUUAUUUUUGUAGACCCUGCCAAGCCAAGGGAGCAGAGACCUCCACCGACACUACAACCUGAGACUUCUGAAACUGGUUUCAAAAUCAAUAAGACCGUCGGAUGGUGCGGCUGAUUGUGUUGGAAGUCUUUCUCAGUUUCAAUGUUUAGAGAGAGAGUUUCUGGAAAGCUAUUUAACCAAAUUGGAGAACUCAUUGGAGGAUGUGUUUCACUUAAAGGUAUUAACCUUUCAGGUCCAAAUUUCAUGAUCAUGCGUCUCUAAUUACCUUAAAAUCAUUUACUGUAUAAAUUGUAGCUCAUUUUGAUGUAUGGUAAGGGUUAAGAUCUUUCAUUAUCAAUCACAUGACCCUUUUUAAAAUAUUUAUUAUUAGAGAAAUUUUUAGAUGUCAUUCAUAAACUGAGUUUAUAAUAUGAUUUAAAAUGAUA